GAAACGUAAACUUUCAAUCAUGCCUGAUCCAGUCAAAGCACCAAAGAAGGGCUCCAAGAAAGCCGUCUCUAAGAGCGUAUCUAAGACCGGCAAGAAGAAGAGAAAGACCAGGAAGGAGAGUUACGCCAUCUAUGUGUACAAGGUGCUGAAGCAGGUCCACCCUGACACCGGUAUCUCCUCCAAGGCCAUGAGCAUCAUGAACUCGUUCGUCAGCGAUAUCUUUGAGCGGAUCGCCGGUGAGUCCUCUCGUCUUGCGCACUACAACAAGCGCUCCACCAUCACCUCCAGGGAGAUCCAGACCGCCGUCCGUCUUCUGCUGCCCGGUGAGCUGGCCAAGCACGCCGUGUCUGAGGGAACCAAGGCCGUCACCAAGUACACCAGCUCCAAGUAAACUAUCAACUGUUUACUAGAAACAUACAAAGGUCCUUUUCAGGGCCACGCACAUUCAACUAAGAGCCAUAUUCCUUGAAUAACUUGUAUGGAGGCAUUUUCGCUUUAGUAUCGAUCCGAGUAAAUGCAGGGUCAUCGCUGAUUAGUGGUGUGCGAUACUAAAUAUUUUGGUAUCGAUCCGAUACCAAGUAAAUACGGGGCAAUAUUACCGAUACUUUUCAAUAAAUAAGGUGGUACUGGAUGUGUCAUUGAAUUGCUAAAUCGGUAAGUGCUUUUUGAGUUUUUUUUUUUUUUUUUUUUAAUAUUGGUUAAAACCCAGGACAGAAUCAGGAGUUUAUAUCAAGUUUACAUCAAGUUUAUACUUAAAUAGAAAAUGUUUUAUCACUUUUUUUGUUUUUGAGAAAAUCUAGUUGAAAAGACGUAACUCAUGUGCGUCCAAACAACGUCUAAAUUUGGUGAAAGGUGAAAAGCCGUCGUUUUCAGGUUGUCGAAGAAACGUCUACAGAGAUGUCCCUGAAUUAGUGUUCAUUAUGAUAUCAUAUAUUCAUAAUCAAUACAAUGUUAUAAAAUAUAUAAUCCAUUCAUGAUUGAAUUUUAACUCAAGAAUUAGACAUAAUUCACAAACAGUGAAACAUUUAUUGUUUACAAUUUACACUAACAUAAAAAAAAUAAAUGUUUUUCAAUACCUAAGAAAUUG